AAGCCACUCUUACUGAAGUAUUAAAAAAAAUUACUCUUAUCUUUCAUAUAAGAAAAAGACCCAUCAUCAAACUUUUAAGUUUCAACCAUAGUUUUUAUUUGAGGCUAGAAAUCUUUGCUUACAAACAGUUUAAAGUGCGCCAAAUUGAAGAAUCUGGUCCCCAAUUUCACAUACUCUCCUUCAUUUUUAUUUUCUGUACUGUUUUUAUAAGUCAGUGAUCAAGCAUUAAUCAUAAGAUUUUGUUCAAUUCCAAAAAAUUAUGGGUUUUUUCAGGUGGGUAUAUACUCUAUUCACUCUUCAAUGCUUAUUUGUGAAACCCUUUUUAUCCGAGUCAUUUUCAUCCUCAAUUGAGCUUCAAGAGAUCCCAAAAUACUUCUUGAAUCAAACCCUGAAAGCUGAAGUCUUUGAUUGGAUGGUGAAUAUUAGAAGGAAAUUACAUGAAAACCCUGAACUUGGAUUUGAGGAAUUUGAAACUAGUAAACUUAUUAGAGAAGAAUUGGAUAAAUUGGGCAUUUCUUACAAAUACCCACUUGCUGUUACUGGUGUUCUUGGUUUUAUUGGAACUGGAAAACCUCCAUUUGUUGCUUUGAGGGCUGAUAUGGAUGCCCUCCCUAUUCAGGAAAUGGUGGAGUGGGAGCACAAGAGUAGAGUACCUGGAAAAAUGCAUGCUUGUGGGCAUGAUGCUCAUGUUGCUAUGCUGCUCGGUGCUGCGAGGAUCCUUCAAGAGAAUCAACACAAGUUAGAGGGAACAGUUAUUCUGGUGUUUCAACCAGGGGAAGAAGGAUAUGGAGGCGCCAAGAAAAUGAUCGAGGCUGGAGCACUAGAGAACGUCGAGGCCAUAUUUGCUUUGCAUAUUAAUUCUGAAUUACCUGUGGGGCAAGUUUCCUCGAGGCCUGGCCCACUCUUGGCUGGAACCGGAUUCUUUCAGGCUGUAAUCAAUGGAAAAGGUGGCCAUGCUGCUAUUCCUCAUCACUCAGUGGACCCGAUAUUGGCAGCUUCGAAUGUGAUUGUUAGCUUGCAACAUAUUGUUUCUCGUGAGGCUGAUCCCCUUGAUUCGCAAGUUGUGACAGUAGGGAAAUUUCAAGGGGGCGGUGCCUUCAAUGUAAUUCCAGAUUCAGUCACUAUUGGUGGUACAUUCAGAGCUUUGUUAAAAGAUAGUCUUUUACAUCUUAAACAGAGAAUCGGAGAGGUUAUAACAAGCCAAGCAGCUGUGCAACGGUGCACAGCAACUGUUGAUUUCUUUGAUGAAGAAAACUUCUACCCACCAACGAUAAACGAUGAAAACUUGCACGCCUUCUUCAGCAGAGUUGCUAUGGAUAUGCUUGGCUCCGAUAAUGUGAAAGAAGCCAAGCCUCUAACUGGAUCUGAGGAUUUUGCGUUUUAUCAGGAAGUUAUUCCGGGUUACUUCUUCUUUGUUGGUCUGAAAAAUGAGUCGCGUGGUAUAACAGGCUCAGAGCAUAACCCCAAGUUUAUGGUUAAUGAAGAUGUGCUUCCUUUUGGUGCGUCUCUUCAUGCAUCUCUCGCUGUGAGAUACCUAAUUGAAAACGAAGCAAAAACACCAAUAGAAGAUAGAAUACAUCAUGAUGAACUAUAAGAUGCUUUCUUUGUUUUUGCACCAGCUUGGUUUUGUGGCGCACUUUAAAUGCAGUCCAAUACAGGAACUGAUUCUAAUGUAAAUUACGUGUCUAAAUGAAGAUUUUGUUCAGGAUAUCCCUUCCUAAAAA